AUGUCAGGAACCCAGUCACUACCUCCGCCCGAGCUUCCUCAGCUGGUCGCCGAGCAACAUGUCGCUAUCCCGCCCACCGACAAGGACUCGAAGCGACUGAUCGUCGUCCUGUCGCAUGCCUCGCUCGAGACCUACAAGUCGUCACACUCGCGACCUGGUCAUAUGGGCGUCCAGCGCGAGGACAAGUACUCUCUGCUCAACAGCGACGAGCACAUCGGCAUCAUGCGCAAGAUGAACCGCGACAUCUCCGAAGCAAGACCCGACAUUACACACCAGUGUCUGCUCACCCUCCUGGACUCUCCAAUCAACAAGGCAGGCAGGCUGCAGAUCUACAUAUCCACCGCCAAAGGCGUCCUGAUAGAGGUCUCGCCAUCGGUCCGCAUCCCCCGCACUUUCAAACGGUUUGCCGGUCUCAUGGUCCAGCUGCUGCACCGCUUAUCUAUCAGGUCAACCAACUCCCAGGAGAAACUGCUCCGCGUCAUCAACAACCCCAUCACUGAGCAUCUCCCCCCUAAGUGCCGCAAGGUUACCCUCAGUUUUGACGCUCCUGUGACACACGUCAGAAGCUACAUCGACGGGCUUGAUUCGGACGAGAGCAUUUGCGUCUUCGUUGGCGCCAUGGCCAAGGGCCCUGACAACUUUGCCGACGCAUACGUGGACGAGAAGAUCUCUAUCAGCAACUUCAGCUUGUCUGCCAGUGUCGCCUGCAGCAAGUUUUGUCACGCCGCCGAGGACGCUUGGGACGUGCUCUGA